GUCAGCUGUUCGCGGUCCGCCCGGCGGCAGCGGCGGCAGUUUGGCGGUGGGGAGGCGCGGCGGCGGCUCCCGGGACGCCCCGGCCCCGCGGGACGCCCGUCCCGCUUCUCGGCCUGAAAUUCCUCUUGCUAGUCUUCCAUUCUGUUAAAUGCUUCGCAAACCAGAGCAAAGGAAGAGACAUGAAGAGUUGAAUUUCACUGCCUUGUUUGGAACUGGGUGGAAAUCCUGGAGAUGGAUCUCUUAGGAGUCUGUCUUCCAAUUGGGUUAGAUGCACAGGAGCAAUGGAUCGCCCCAGCUACCUGGAAGAGGACUAUUCUAGCCUGGAUGGGCUGGACGAUGACGUGUUUCACUCUGAUGACUUUGGACUUGCAGGUCAGCCUGGUGAGAUGACUGCAACUGGCAUUUUCACACAGAACCAGUCCUACAGCUGCCUUCUGGGGAGGUUUCAACUAUUCCCCCUCACACACUGCUGUGGUCCCGGUAUCAGGCAUCCUGAGCAGCAGGACAAGGCAACUCAAACACUCAGCCCGUCCUCUUCCAGUCAGGAUGUUAUGUUGCCUUGUGGAGUCACUGAAGAGCCCCGGAGACUCUUCUAUGGCAAUGCUGGUUACCGUUUACACGUCCCUCCAGUUGGCUUUGCGUUGGAUCCGCACCUCCAAGAGGAGCCUCAGGAAGGUCAGCGGGAAGCGCGUGCCGAGGUGCAGAUUGCACGGAAGUUGCAGUGCAUUGCCGACCAGUUCCACCGGCUCCACAUACAGAGGCAUCAGCAGAACAGAAAUCAAGUGUGGUGGCAGCUUUUUCUCUUCCUACACAACUUGGCCUUAAACGCGGAGGUGAACAGGAACCACACUGGGCAGAGGUGAGCUUCGCCCGCCUGUUUCAGGCCGCAUCCAGUCUGCAGGGAGCACUGAACAAACACUGGUUCGGGGGCGAGACAUUGCACACCGCCGGCCGGAUGUGAGGACUCUGAAUUUCUGAUACUCGUCUUCAAGUUUGGGGUUUUUUACGGACUCUUCUUUGCUGCUGCCUGCCUUACGAGGCAGGGAGCUCUUGUCCAACACUGUUGAAGGAAAGCCAGAAUGUGGGUGUGUUUGGUAAAGCUUGCUGCUGGUUCCCCGCGCCGGUGACCUCUGUGCAAGGGAGGCAGGUAUUAGACUAACGGCUUCCUCUGCCCUACGUGUUAGUCAAUGGUAGAGUGCAGGAGUGUCAUUUUGGCUGCUAGUUAAAAAUGAUGUCUGGGAUUGGUGACUCUAAACAUACUUUGGGUAUCUUCCAGAGCAGAGAUGCUCAAUUCCUCCACAAAGAAAGUUCUUUUUUAGCAAUGAAAACAUUCAUGUAGCUUAUAUCCAUCAGGUUACUUGUUUUCUGCAUGGGUUACUGUUUAUUUCCUUGCAUGCUGUGUGAGAGAAAAUCACAAAGAAAUAGGAUCUCUUCAGUCUUUCCAUUGGGCACCAGUUGCAGCUCUCUCACAUGAAGUUGUUCUUUAUCAUUGCCAUCAAUAGAAAAAUCAUUUCAGUAGAACAGUCUUAAAGUUAAACCUUCCUGAGGUUGCUGGUGGCUAUUAGUUUCUGCCACUGUUUGCUUCCAGUUCAGUGUUCGCAGUGCCCGUGGGCCAGCAUGAAGCCAAAAACCGUGGAAUAUGACACAAGCAUCAUUCUUCUAUAAUGCUAAUGUAUAUGUUUUUAUUAUUUUUAUGAUGGGUGUUUAUUUUGUUUUGUUUUUCUUUUCUCUUACUAUAAUGUGGUCGGUCAGGAGGGCUUAGGUUCCAGGCAUCUGAUAGUUUUGCUUCAGGAUUUGACAGGGAAAUUAAUUAGCAACUAGUCUGACAUGUACACUGUACAAGCAGUCUGUCCAUUACUCUAGUAUUUAAUGUUUGGAGGCUGCUGUAAGCAUAUGUUGACUAGCAGCAGUAAUAUUACUUCAAGGGAGAUCUAACAGUUCCCGGUUUAUGUGCACUCAAAAGUUUGUCCAUAUGACUGACACUAUUGGACCAGCACAGCGAAAUUACCCUACCAAAAGGAAGUAGCCUUAAAUACCAAUGGCUACUUCUCUGUAGCCUUAAAUAUGGUUAGUUUGUAAACAUAGUGACAACUGGGGUAAAACACGAACAGAAAAGCAAUACAGACUUUAUUUUCUUCAGACUGUUUCCAUAUUGCCACUGCACCUUGUUGUAGGCCUCAAGUGAUACAACCAGCGUGAGGAAGAGCUAUCCAGAGAAUUGCUCUUCAGUCCUGUUACAAACGUCGACUUCAGGUGUUGAGGAAUUCUUCUGCUCCUGGUCCACUCUCAAAAAUAAGCAUUACUGUACGGGAAGAGUAGUUUACUUGCACAUACGCUUUCCCCUCCACGCCUCUCUGCAUAGCCUUCUCUAAUUCAUGCUUUCUCUGGUAUUUGUAUAAUCUCAUCAUUGCACUGUAGUGUCUGGUAACAAUUUGCUGAACACAGUUAAAUUUGGACUUUCUCCCUCUCUCCCAGCCCCAUUCUCUUGAUUUGCAUCCUGCUCUACUGUGGCAAAAUGUGCUUUAGCUCCCUGAAAGAGGUCCCCAAGCCUUUUCGCUUUCAUAUAUUCACAGUCACUCUCUUUCAACAUAAGGAGAGUUUAUGUGAGAAAAGCUUUUUUUUUCCUCUUACGUUAUUUUUCUAGCUAGAGCUAGAGUAAUAUGUUUGUCCAUGAUGGCUAAUAAUUCAUAUAAAUGAAUCUCAAGUAAUAUUUGGGGGGGGGGGGGUGUAUGGAGAGGGAGGGCGGGAGGCUUUUUUUAGGAGGGGGGAUUGUUUUUUGUUUUGUGUUGUUUCUUUAAGCAUGUGCACUACAGAGUUACCCAGAGGGAUACGAGUGAUAGCUGUUGCUGACUAUGCUGCAGCAGUAUGGGAAGCCACUCUCUGCCCAUGUUGACAGAGGUGACACUUUCCAUACUUUGCUUUGCACAGUCUGCUUGGAGUAAACGCUGGUCAUUGGAAAAUGAGGACUUAAAUGGGGGCGAAGGCCUGAGGGGUGGUACAAGCACAGGCUGAAUUGGGGACCCCUGAAAAGCUGGAUGUUAAGGAGAAGACUCUUAAAUCAGAAGCUCUUAAAAAGGCAGGAGUGGAAGCGCUGAGGCUCAGGAAGCAAUGCAGUGUGCUGUCUGCCCACACAGCAUGCCCUAGGAUGUGAUGCUUGCGUUUUCCCACUGACUGCCAGGACCCCUUUAUCAGGAACAAUCAAAGCUACAUCAUAACAGCCCUGCAAACUACAAAAAAUUCAGCAGGUGCUUCUGACACUUAAAAACCAUCAUGAGCUUUCUCCUUCUGCUCUGCCUUGACUUGACUGCCAAACAGGCCAAUAAGGCCUGUUCUCUGGAUGCGUAAGCUGGAAAGAUAGGUCUGGUACUGGCGCUUUCUGGUGUUGCGACCCAACCAGUUUGUCUAGGGUAAGACUCUUCUUAACAUAGAGAAACAAGUAUCUGAAACUGGUCCUCAGUAAGGCUGCCUGCCUCAAUAGAGUCAUUUGGCUCAGGGAAAGACACAUCUUUGCCAGUCCAUAUUUCCCGCUGUAACAACAGACUUAUCAAAAUUGGUCAUGCCAGGGUCUCAAGUUAAAAUCUCCUUGAACAACAAUACUUCAUUGGAAAGAGAGAGCUAAUGCUAGACAAAGGCUGACUUCCUGCAAUAUGUGUGUUGGUUACUGGUGCCAGAGAUUUACAACCACUGAUAAUAUAUUUUAAUUAUAUUCCAUAUCUGCAUAUCUUGGAGAAAGGAAAUAUGCUCUGUCAACCCAAAAGUCUUAUUUUGCUUCGUGUAGAUUUGGAGGGGCAGGCUGGUUAUUCACUUAGGGAAAAGCAGCUACUUCAUAUUACAGUCUCACCUACUUGAGGAAAUAGUGGGAAGAUUUCACACAUUUAUCAACAAAUGCACAGAUGGACAGCACCCAUGUAUUUGUCACCUAUUCCAUGUUAGUAAGGCCCCUUGAGCAAGCACUGAGGAGAUCUUCCCCGCAGAGCAGCAAUUACAGUGUGGCCAUGGCCAUGGCCAUACGUCAAUUGUUUGGGGAAACAGUUCCAAGGAACAUGGCUUAAGUCCUUUUGGUAAAGGAGUAUGCUCACGUUUUUAGAUAUUCGUUUGUCUUGGUGAAAGGAAUGGGGACACUGUUUCUGUCUUGUAAAACUACAGUCUAACAAUUUAGAAAGAACAGUCAGAUCUUUCUCCUAAAACAAAUUCCUAUUUUUAAUGAGCAGUUCUUAAGAAGAGCUUGAGCUGCUGCUGAUGGUACCAGCAGCCUUGAAGUAUCUUGCUUGCCUUUCCCACAUCUCCAAAACGGCUUCAGACCUCAGCUCUCUUUCCUUGAGGGAUGGAGUUAUUCCUAUGGUUUCCCAACUUCCUACCCUUUGGAAUAUCUUGUAACCUGCCCAUCCCUGGAUCCAGCAAGCCCGGUGCUAGUAGGGAAUAGUUAGUUUUACUUUUGUUUCCUGCAAUUCUUGAAAGCUGAGCCAGUAAUCACAAAGCGACUGCCCAGGGAUAGCUGCAAACUGCCAUAAAUAGUAUACAACAGAGGCAGGGGAGAGGAUGAAUUUGCAUGGAAAGGGUUGCCGAUGGAUCUGUGUGUGGGACUGCAGCCUUCUCCCAAGGUGCUGAUAAUCCCUGGUAGCACUGAAUUCCUGCAUAACUGAUCACAUAUGUCAGUUUAAAUAGCUGGUUGUUAUUAAAUGUUUGUUGGCUAAACUCUUGUUAGAGGAGUCCUGAGAGAAACUUAUCAGCUUUUGGUUUGGAGCUGUGUAUCAACAAGGGAAUAGAGGCAAGGAACCCAGUCCUUCUUCAUGUAGAAAGGGUGAUUGCAAGACAUCUUUAGUUCUACUGUCUGCUUACUUUGUCCCCUCAAGCCUGGAUUAAAGGUGUAGGCGAUGCGUGCAUGUGAGAUUACUACAGUCCUGGAGUUGCUCCAUAGCAGUCACUGGAGCUGUACCCAAGGUUGAACUUCAUUCAUUGUGGGGCUUGGCACUCUUACGGGAAACUGCAGAUUCUGCCCACUAGUAGACUAGGGAGAAGGGUUGCUUUUUUUAAGAAAAAGCAAAAUUACUUGAGGCAGUUGUUGCAAUGUGACCCUGUCAACUCUACAAUGAAUUCCACCCUUCCACUGCUGGUCCUGACCUAUAUCUCUGCUGAAGCUGUGGGAAUGGUGAGACUGUGACAUGCUGAAUGGUGUGCUAUUGAGGGUAUUUUUAAAGGGAAAAAUAGGGAGAGCACUCAGCAUAUGUGCUAGGAUCAAAUGAGAAUGCAGAUAUGUGGAGGUCUUGCCUUCUUUUACCAGCAGUUAUUUACUGCAGGAUUAUACGUAACAGGAUCAUGGAAUGCGUGUUCAUAUUCAUGGGAGCUCUGCACAUGGACCAAGCACUAUCGAGUAUUAGCAUAAUUUGACAACAAAGGUUUUUAAUAAUGUCCUCAAAAGAGUCUGUCUUUCAGACUGGCAUUCGUGAUCAUUUGCAAAAAUGCCUACCUGUUGCCUUUGAUUGUUUUAGCAAGAAGAAAUACCUCAAGGAAUUGAUAAAAGAUCCUAGGACAAUCUUUUACAGUUCCUAAAGACUUCAGUGGUCUCUGUUUCUUUGGUUUGCUUGUGUUCACGCAGGUGUUACACAGCUCAGUUCUUCUCCACCAGGAAAAGCAGAAAAGACCAAACACAUCAAAUGCACUGGAAUGUAAUUGUGUGCGUUUGCGUGUGCGUGCGUGUGCGUGUGUGUUCUUAAACUGAAUGCAGUCUGACAUCCCCUACCCCUUCUUUCUUCCAUGUGCCUCACCUUCCCCUUAGCCACAGAAAGGAGGGUCUCUUCCUGCGAAUCCCAUGCUGGAAGUUGGUUUCUGGGAAGCGAAACCUAAUGUCUGUGGGCUGUUUUUUAAAGCCAUGUUUCAGUUCUGUCUUCAGACUCUUUGCUGCCUUUGGGGAAUGGAGGGGUGGGAAGGGUAGAUUCUUAAACUGUUUUUAAAAUCUAUUAUGGAAAUUUUGCAUGUAUAAAGUUAUUCUUAAAUCUAAAGGAGUCUCCCCGAUUUGUGGACACAGCUCCAGGAGAGCAUCGUCACAGAUUCCUCAGCUCCGGUUUUGAUCAGACUAUUCUGAAAGGAAAAUUUGAUGACAAAAGGCGGAGAGACUAGUAAAAGGGAAAUUUCAGAACAGCCCAAGGGAUUUGUAUGUCUCUUUCCACUGGCUGCAUUUGAAAAUCCUGCCACUAAAUUUGAGUUUGGGUAUCUAGACUGUUGGGUUUUUUUGGUAAAACUGAUCAUGUACCUCUUCUUCUGUUCUCUUCAAUGGUAUGUAGUACAGUCUCCCACAUUUCUAGGUAAAAUUCACUGAUGAGAGUACUGUGAAAUGUGGAUUCACAUUUUCUCCCUCCCCUUCCUGCAUGACUUUUCUACUUUGAUGGGAUACUUUUGUUU